AUGCCUAAAAACUACCAGCAUGUCCUUGCCUUUGAUUUUGCUAUUCAUGAGGUCAACAAGAUUCAUCAUCUCCUACCCAACGUCACUCUGCAGUAUGAGAUCUAUGACAAUCUUUUCAAUCCUUUCAGAACAUAUUGGUCACUACUAGACCUGCUCUUCACAGGGCAAGGGAAUCCUCUCAAUUACAACUGUGUCAGGAGGAAGAAGCUAAUGGCCAUUAUUGGAGGGCUCACUUCCCAAAACUCUAUCCAGAUGGCCAACAUCUUAAAUAUGUACAAGAUCCCUCAGCUCAGUUAUGGAUCUUUUGACCCUCUGCUGAGUGAUAAAACUAGGUUCCCUUUUUUCUUCCGGAUGGUUUCAAAUGAAAACGCUCAACAUGAAGGGAUUGUUCGACUACUGAAACAUUUUGGAUGGAAUUGGAUUGGCCUUUUUAUAUCAGAUGAUGAUAGUGGGGAAACAUUUCUUCAAACUCUGAGACCAAGACUCUUCCAGAACAAUAUCUGCCUUGCUUUGAAACAAGUGAUUCCAACAGUGAGAAGUUAUUCAUUAAACAAGGACUAUGGCAGAAGCCUGGGAAGGAUAGCUUCUACUAUAUGGCUGGAGAAAAAAUUAAAUGUGAUUCUAGUCUAUGGGGACAGUGAGUCUAUGAAGGGUUUAAAAAUAAUUAUAGAGGAAUAUGAAUUUCACCAGACCCUUCCACUAGAGAGGGUUUGGAUCAUAACGGCUCAGUGGGAUGUUACAGCUAUUUAUGUUCAAAGAAGACUCCCAGCAAUAUCCCUCAAUGGCACCUUGUCAUUCACACUGCACACAAAUGUGGUUCCAGGAUUUCAGGACUUUCUUGAGAACGUAAAUCCAUAUCAGUCUAAGAUGUACUUCAUUCAUCAGUUCUGGGUCAUGACAUUUUCCUGCUCACUCCCAUUAUAUGGCUUUUAUUCACAAAACAAGCAAAACUGCAGUGGGGAUGAGAAACUGGGGAGCCUCCCUGGAACGAUGUUUGAAAUAGGCAUGUUGGGCCUGAGUUAUAAUAUCUACAAUGCCGUUUAUGCUGUGGCACAUGCGCUCCAUGCUAUGAUUUCAUCAAAAGCUAAACAUAAAACAUUGGCAAAUGGACAGAGACAUUACCUUCAGAAACUUCAGCCGUGGCAGCUUCAUGCUUUUCUGAGCAACCUCCAUUUCAACAAUAGUGCUGGGGAAGAAAUAUAUUUUGAUGAGAAUGGGGACCUGGCAGGCGGAUAUGAUAUCAUCAACUUGGUCAUAUAUCCCAAUGAAACCUUCAAGAGGGUUCGAGUAGGAAGGAUGGACUUGCAGGAACCUGCAGGUGAAGAGUUUACCAUUAAUGGAAGUGCCAUUGUGUGGAAUCACAAAUUUAAGCAGAUUCUGCCCCAUUCCAGGUGUGUUGAGAGCUGCCAUCUUGGAUUCAGCAGGAUUGCCCAGCAGGGGAAACAGAUUUGUUGCUAUGAUUGCAAUCGGUGUCCUGAAGGGAGGAUUUCAAUGCAGAUUGAUGCAGACCACUGUGAGACAUGCCCAGAAGAUCAGUAUCCAAAUGAGAAACAUGAUCAAUGCAUCCACAAAAGUUAUACAUACAUAUCUUAUGAAGAACCGCUAGGAGCAGUUUUGAUUGCCUUUGCUCUUUUCUUUUCACUAUCUACAGCUGUAGUGAUAAGGAUCUUCAUUCAGCACCGGAAUACUCCUAUUGUCAAAGCCAACAACUGGAGCAUCACCUGUACCCUGCUCUUCUUUCUGCUGCUUUGCUUUCUGUGCUCCUUUCUGUUCAUUGGCUGGCCUGGGAAGGUGACUUGUCUUCUGCGGCAAACGGUGUUUGGCAUUACUUUCUCCACUGCCAUAUCUUGUGUUUUGGGCAAAACCAUCAUUGUGGUUCUGGCCUUCAUGGCAAGAAAGCCAGGAAACAGAAUGAGGAAAUGGGUGGGGAAGAGGCUGGCAGGAUCAGUCGUCGCUUUCUGCUCAUUUAUUCAAACUGUCAUCUGUGUUGUGUGGCUGGCAAUUUCACCCCCCUUUCCAGAGUUGGACAUGUACUCCCAAAUGGGUGAGAUUAUAGUACAGUGUAAUGAAGGCUCAGAUAUCAUGUUCUAUAUGGUCCUGGGCUACAUGGGGUUCCUGGCCACCAUCAGUUUCACUGUGGCCUUCCUUGCCAGAAAGUUGCCUGAUACCUUUAAUGAAGCCAAGCUGAUCACUUUCAGCAUGUUGUUGUUUUGUAGUGUUUGGGUGUCCUUUGUCCCAAGCUACCUUAGCACAAAGGGGCGAAGCAUGGUUGCUGUGGAGAUCUUCUCUAUCCUGACCUCUGGUGCUGGAUUGUUAGGCUGCAUCUUCCUCCCCAAAUGUUACAUUAUUAUACUGAGGCCUGAUCUGAACUCUAGAGAGCAGAUAGUAACAAAAAACAUACCUCACCUAUAA